AUGGCUCCACACGCCGGAUGCGGUUCAGAAUGCAAAGACUACAAAUCUCCAGAAGAAUUGAAAGUUUCUCCUCAUGAUGAUACUGUUAAUAACAAAUACCGUGAUGCCGCUACAAUUACAAAUGAUGCACUUAAGACUGUAAUUAAAAAUGCUGUCAGUGGAGCUUCUUCCAGAGAUCUUUGCAAAAUGGGAGAUUCUUUUAUUAUCGAAGCUACUUCCAAGUUAUAUAAAGGCAAGAAUUUUUAUAAAGGAAUUGCAAUGCCAACAUGUGUAUCUGUAAACAAUUGUGCUUGUCAUUUCUCACCAUUAGAAAGUGAUCCAGAUGUUAUAUUGAAGGAUGGAGAUGUUGUAAAAAUUGAUCUUGGAACUCACUUUGAUGGUUAUAUUGCUACUGCUGCUCAUACAGUUGUUAUUGGAGCUAGUGAACAAAAUAAGGUAACUGGAAAAGUUGCCAAUGCUCUUGUAGCUGCAAAUAAAUGUCUUGAAGCUGCAAUGAGAAUGCUUAAACCAACUGGACAAUAUGAUUCUCAAGCAGUUAAUGAUACAAUGAUGAAAAUAACUAAAUAUUAUGAUGUAUCUCUUGUUGAAAAUAUGGUUUCUCAUCAAUUACAACAAGAUGAGAUUCAUGGAAGUAAAGGAAUUGUUCAAAAUCCUUCUGAUGAACAAAGACAACAUGUAACAAAAGUUUCUUUUGAACCAUAUGAUGUAUUUGCUCUUGAUAUCCUUGUUUCAACUGGAAGUGGAAAAUUAAAAUUGAAAGAUACUCGUACAACUGUUUACAAAAAGUCAACUGAACAACAAUAUGCUUUGAAAUUGAAAAACUCCCGUGCAUUUUAUAGUGAAGCUAACAAUAAAUUUGGAUCAAUGCCAUUCACCAUUCGUGCUAUGGAUGAUGAAGUCAAGGCUCGUGUUGGUGUUUUAGAAUGUACAAAUCAUGGAAUUAUGGAACCUCAUCAUGUUAUGUAUGAGAAAGAUGGAGAAGUUGUUGUUCAGUUUAAAUAUACCGUUUUUAUUCUUCCUGGAGGAGUUUCAAAAAUUGCUGGCUUGCCAUUUGAUUCAAAUAUUGUUACUUGUGAAAAAGAAAUUGUUGAUGAAAAUAUUUCUCAAUUGUUAAAAACAGGACUAAAGAUUAAAAAGGAAAAAACAGCUCAAUGA